AUGGCACCUGAAUUGUCUUCGAAUUGGAAAUUUCUUCAAGCAAAGUUGAAACAGGAUCCGGCGAAUGACAAAAAGUUAAAGGCACCGCCAACGCAAAGGCAACUAAACACCACUGCGAAGCGCCGGCGACAGGAAGCAAAGCAAUUACUUGGUGGUGCGCCGAGUUUACCCAGGCCAGCUACGAAGCGGAACAAGAUGAGCAUUAAUGGCCAGCCUCCUACGGCAUCGCUUGCGCUAUGGGCAGAAGAUAAUGAAAUUUCGGCAAAAGAUCUUGCAGCGGCUUAUGGAGAUGGUGUGAAGAAUGGCAUUAUGUAUGGCGCGGAAGAAGACAAGGUUAACGAGGGCCUGGCAGAAGAUGUGGAAAUUGGACAGUAUGUGGCCAUGGACUGCGAAAUGGUCGGUGUAGGAGGGGAAGAAGAUCGAUCAGUUCUCGCCAGAGUCAGUAUUGUCAACUACAAUGGUGCACAAGUCUACGAUUCUUUUGUGCGUCCAAAGGAGUUUGUUACAGACUGGAGGACGAAAGUGAGUGGGGUCAGCCCAAAGAACAUGCCGACGGCGAGAUCGUUUGAAGAUGUCCAGGCAAGCGUCGCCGAGAUUCUCAAAGAUAGUGUCCUCGUAGGACAUGCCAUCAAGAAUGACUUGGAUGUUCUGAUGAUUGGCCACCCCAAAAAAGAUAUCCGGGAUACGUCGAGGUUCAUCGGCUUCAGAAAAUAUGCCUCCGGAAGGACGCCGAGUUUGAAAAAACUGGCCAGCGAAGUCCUAGGCGUUCAGAUACAGAGUGGAGCGCAUUCCAGUGUUGAGGAUGCCCGCGCAACCAUGCUCUUAUUCCGAAGGUUCAAACAGCAAUUCGACCUUGAGCACGCAAAGCGAUUUCCACAACGGGUGAGGGUUGAGGGGAGCGGGGCAAAAUCGGGGAAGAAAAACAAGGGGAAGAAGUGA